AUGCCCCCCUUGAAGCUCAACAGCAAGAAUUUGUCCCAGAUCGCGACAGCAUCUGGCGCGCCAGUGCAGAUACCUACCUACCCCCGCGGUGAUGCCGUGAAAGAAGGAAUUGUUCACAUCGGAGUCGGUGGCUUCCACCGAGCUCACUUGGCUGUCUACGUCGACCAGCUUAUGCAGCACCAUGGUGUUACAGACUAUGCAAUUUGCGGCGUGGGUUUGCAGCCCUUCGACGCCGGAAUGCGUGAUGCUCUGAAUUCCCAGGAUGGUCUCUACACUGUUGUCGAGCGCUCUGCUGAAGGUAGCGUUGCCAAGGUCAUGGGCGGCAUCAAUUCAUAUCUCUUUGCCCCUGACGACCGGGAGGCCGUCAUUGCCAAGCUAGCCCACCCUGAUACCCAUAUUGUGUCGCUUACUAUCACCGAGAGCGGCUACUACUAUAAUGAGAACACGCAUCAGCUCCAGAAUGAGCACCCCGACAUUCAGCAUGACCUUCACGACGAUAAAGCUCCUCACACUGCCUUCGGCUUCCUUUACCAUGCAAUGAAUCGCCGUCACAAGCAGGGACUGAACCCUUUCACCGUUGUAUCCUGUGAUAACAUGCAAGGCAACGGUAGCAUCACCCGUAAUAUGCUUGUUUCCUUUGCCCGCCUUCGCAACCCCGAUCUUGCGGACUGGAUCAAUACCAAGGGCCACUUCCCCAACGCUAUGGUUGACCGAAUCACCCCUCAAACCUCCCCCGCCGAUAAAGUGGGUCUCGCAAAGGACUUCGGCAUUGAGGACUCAUGGCCCAUUGUCACUGAGCCAUUUAUGCAGUGGGUCAUUGAGGACCACUUCUGUGACGGCCGCCCACCAUUUGAGAAGGUCGGAGUCCAAAUUGUUAAGAACGUGAAGGAGGUCGAGGAGUUCGAAAAACAUAAGCUCCGUCUUCUUAACGGCAGUCACGCCGUCAUUGCCUACGGUGGUCAGCUCUCUGGUCACAAAUAUGUUCACCAGGUUAUGGAGAACCCUCUCUUCCGCAAGAUUGUCUGGCAAAUGAUGCAGGAGGAGGUCAAGCCUACUCUUCCCGUUAUCCCCGGUGUCGAUAUCGAUCAAUACUGCCGCACACUCGUGGAGCGUUUCUCCAACCCCCCAAUCAUGGAUCAGCUUCCCCGUAUCUGUCUUAACGGUACCGGCAAGAUCCCCCAGUUCAUCAUGCCCACCAUCGCUGAGGCCAUUUGGGUAAACGGUCCUUUGCGUCGUCUCUGUUUCACUGCCGCCCUUUGGAUGCACUACAUUCAUGGUGUUGAGGACACCGGUGCCACAUUCGAGGUCAUUGACCCUAUGCUUGACGAGCUGCGCACACGGGCUAAGCGUGGUGACCCCACUGAACUGCUGAACAUUAAGAUGCUGUUUGGUGAUGACUUGCGCAAAGACAAGCGCUUCAUGGAGACUAUCACCACUGCCUUACAGCAAAUUGCCAGCGAUGGUGUCCUCGCCACCCUGCCUAAGUACAUUGAUUGA